UUUUAUUAGUAGUAUCUAGUAUAUUUAGUUUUUAGUAAUUUUUUGACAUCAAAAUAAGUGAUGUAUAUCAUCCUAAGUGAAAUAUAUAAUUUUGAAUGUGAAUUCAUGAAUUUGUAUGAACUUAUUUCUGAAAAUAUCUGUCUGGGGUAGUAAAUGCAUCAUACUGUAGGUAGUUCAAACUAGCUGUUCCUAUAAUUACAAACGCAGAACAUUUACACCCCCCACCCACAAAGUGAAAUUAAAAUUGAAUUAUAUUCACUACACUUUUACUGUCUAAUUUCUGUCGCUUCAUUUUCAAACAUACUUUAUUUUUUGAAAAAUGGAGUUGUAUUCAACUUAUGAGUCUAUUAGACCCCAUUUUGAAGCAUUAGCCUAUUUGGGUUACUUCAAAAUCGUCAUGAAAGAUGUGUCUCGUACGAAACGCAUCCUACAUAAUUGCUAUAGAGGUUUGGUCGGUAUAGCUGUUCUUUUGUACAUAUUUCAGCAUUUUAUUAGUGUGGUUCAGGCCCGCAACAACACGGACAAGAUGGCGGACACUCUAUUCAUUCUGCUGACCGUACUGACUUGUGUAGCGAAGCAGAUGGCUUUCAAUGUUCGCGCUGGGCGGCUGGAACAACUCCUCUCAUCUGUCAACGGGCCAAUGUUUGCAGCAACGAAUCCCCACAACCUGGGUCUAUUAAAAGCUAAUGCCCGCUCCAUGCGCCGUCUGCUCACCACAUACCAAAUGUCCGUGACCGUCACCGCGACACUCUGGGCAAUCUUACCGUUAAUCAACAGAGCCCUAAGCGAGGAGGUCAAGUUUACCGGGUAUAUACCCUUCGAUACGCAGAACACUAUCACCUUUGUGAUAGUGGUGGUCUAUAUGAAUUUCCUGAUAGGGUUCCAAGGGAACGGCAACGUCACUCUAGACUGCACAAUAGUGGCGCUGUAUGCUCUGGCCAGGGUGCAGGUCCAGAUGUUGAGGUACAACUUGGAGCACAUGGCGGAUGAUGAAGGGAAUAUGGUUAUGGAGAAUAAAAAACAUGGCACUGGCGUGUAUCAACGGAGAUUGGAGAAGUGUGUCAAACAUUAUAGACAAAUUAAUCGGUUUUACAAAGAAGUGGAGUCUAUUUUCGCUGAAGCUAUGACAUUCCAGUUUCUUGUGAUAGCCUGGGUGAUCUGUAUGACCGUUUAUAAGAUUGUUGGGAUGGCUCUGUUCUCAGCAGAGUUCGUAUCGAUCCUCGCGUACCUCCUCAUCAUACUUGGACAACUAUUCAUCUACUGCUACUACGGAUCACUGUUCAAAAUAGAGACUGAAUACAUAAACCAGUCGGUAUACUUCAGCGACUGGCUGUCCUUUGACCCUGGCUUCCGCCGCCAGCUCCUGGUCUUCAUGACUCACUGCGUCCACCCCAUCAAGCCUAUGGUCGCCAACAUCGUGCCAAUAACUAUGGACACUUAUAUUACGGUCCUGAAAUCUUCAUAUUCUUUAUUCACUUUCUUGGACCGACAUUGAACGAAGUUUAUAUAAACUAAUCAAUUUUUUUUAUGUACACUUUAGUUAAAAUAAUACAGCACAUACUUAGAACCACAGGUUAUAUGUAUAAUACUAAACUAUAAUAAUAAAAUAAUAGUAUUAAGGUUAAAAUGAUACGAUAACAAAAAUGCAGCUAUUCUGUCGUCCAUUUAUUUAUAACAAACAUUAUACAGACAUCUUACAUCUAGAUUGUAACUAUGAUAUGCAAGAGCGACAUUUUAACUACUGCAAUAUGCAAUAAACAUUAUAUUAUUUGUAUGUAUUAUAAAUGUAUAUUAAAUGGAAUUCACACCUUUUGUUUAGGAUGAGAAUAUCUAAUUAAAUACAUAAAGAAUAACUAAUGUCAUUUUAAUACAUGCGAGAACAAAAUUGAAAAUAAAUAAAAAUGAAAAUACUAUUUUCUUUAUUUUAUUUUAGCAAUAUAUUUGAUGUUUUGGCAACAUGUUUGUUACAAAUCCAACACUAUAUUUAGCUAAAUCUUGAUAGUAUUGGUUGAGUGCCAAAUUUUAAUGGUAUCUUUAUGUUUUGUUCCGCUUUUAAACCCCGACGUUGCAAUAGAUAUGUUUGAAAAUAUGUAGGUAUAUUUGAAUAGGUAUACGUAUAUAUACAGGUACAUCUGAAAUUUAGGAAUUUAAUUCCUUGUAAAUUUUUAGAUUUUCUGGAUCUAUAUUUAGCAAUAGACAACUUAUUUUUAUUUACUAUUGUCUGGUUAAUUUUGUACCUUUAUAUUUAGGGUGAAUACAUGUGUAUUUAAAGCGAGUGACUAGUAUUGAAAUAACUAAUGGUUGAAAGUUUUCAACGACUCCUUCAAAGUUUCAACAAAAAUGAAUAGAAUAUACCUAUUCAUAAUUCAAUAAAAUCUUAAUAGUUCUACAAUUUUUUUUCACCAUUUUAAUGUUG